GUAAGGACUCGUGCUUGAAUUUGAAUUCGGUCGACUAUUUCAAGCAUUAGUGUCGCUUCAACCAGGGACAUUGGUUGUUAAAAAAAGUUGUUUACCAUAAAUUACCCUAUAUUCUGUUAAAGUCUUGUGUACGUCUACGUAUUCAACUCUGGCCUUUAAAUCGCCGCUGCAGUGCUUGUAAGGUUAGCUAGUAGCAUCGCUGUGAGAAGAGCUACUGUACAUACAGUACACUUGCAAUGAAAGCCGGCGCAGUCCACUGCCAUUGCUCAAAAUGCUAUUCCGUCCCGGUUCGAAAGAGGGUCCGCUUGCGCACGCCGACUGUCACCUUGCUGAGUCUUCCCGAGGAGAUCCUCCUGUGCGUCCUCCAGUGCCUCUCAGCUGACGACCUGCUGUCUGUCAGAGCUGUCCAUUCUCAGUUGCGUGACGUUGUUGACAACCACCCCAGUGUUUGGGCCAGGGUCAGCUUCAGAGACACUUGGCCGUCCCCUGACAAUUUAUGGUUAUUUGAAAGAGCUGCAGAAAAAGGGAAUUUUGAAGCAGCCGUGAAGUUAGGGAUCGCUUAUUUGUACAACGAAGGACCGUUACUGAGCGACGAGGGCCGGGCGGACCUGUGCGGAAGGAAAGCCUCUCACUUCUUCAGCCUGGCCGAGGGCCUGCGCUCUCCCACCGCCGAGCCCUUCACCUGGCUGUUCAUCCGCCCGCCGUGGUCGCCCACCGGGAGCUGCUGCAAGGCGGUGGUCUUUGACCGCCUCAAGACUAAGUGCGACGACAACAUGGAGAAGAGGGGCCCCCUGUUGCACUGCUUGGCAAGAGUCUUGCAGCUGUUUGAGGAGGGUGACGUGUGUCGCGAAGCCAUAUCCAUGUUGGAAGAGUCUUCACAGGCGGGCUGCUUGCAGAGCUCCUAUCUUCUAUGGGAGCACAACCGCAAAGCCGCUAUGUCGGAUCCAGGCAGGUACCUCCAGUGUGUUCGAACCCUCAGGGACUACGCCGGGAGAGGAUGCUGGGAGGCGCAGCUCUCCUUGGCCAAAGUGUGCAGCAGCGGCAAUCCGCUGGGCUUGGAGGCCAAGGCCUGCUCCGACCUGGUGUCCCAACUUUUCAACUCUGGCCAGCAGGCGGCGCAACGCGGCAAUCGCGGCAUCCUCAAGCGAGGCAUCAAGGACACCAUGAGGUACAUCCUGGUGGACUGGCUGGUGGAGGUGACCACCAUGAAGGACUUCUCCAGCCUGGCGCUGCACGUGACGGUGGGAUGCGUGGACCGCUACUUGGCUCUGCGUUCCGUCCCCAAGGUUCGCCUUCAGCUGCUGGGGAUUGCCUGCAUGGUGGUUUGCACACGCUACAUCAGUAAGGAUAUCCUGACCAUAAGAGAAGCCGUGUGGCUUACAGACAACACCUACAAGUAUGAAGACCUGGUCCGAAUGAUGGGAGAGGUAGUGUCGGUGCUGGAAGGGAAGAUAAGGACCCCCACACUACUGGACUACGGCGAGGUGCUGCUGUCUCUACUGCCUCUGGAGCGGCGGACCACCCACCUCUUCAGCUACAUCUGCGAGCUGUCCCUGCUCUACUCGGCCCUCGUCACGCCGCCUCCCGCCAAGCUGGCCUGCGCCGUGCUGCUGCUGACGAGAGCACUGCAUCACUAUGCCCCCAUCUGGCCCGGCCAGCUUGUGGACUACACUGGCUUCUCCAAACAAGACCUCACCCAGCUUGCUGUGCUGCUUUACGUCAAAUGUUUCAGUCAGGAGGCUCCCAAAGACUACAGACUGGUGUCUCUUACCGGUGUGAAGCAGCGGUUUGAGGACGAUCUCUACCAGCACGUCAGCAGGGAGAAGGUGGUGGAUUAUAAAGAGCUGUGUCACAUUCUUGAGAUUCCCGAGGUGGAGCCUCAGGUGGAGCUUCCCAGUCCUGCUGGCCAACCAGCAGACAUCCACGCUUUCCUCACAUCCCCAUCCAGCACCAGCAAAAGGAGGCGCAAUGACAGCACGCACGCCGACAGAGGCAGCCGUGUGACCACGCCCACAGCAGAGCUGUCCAAUCAGGAGGAGACGCUGCUGGGCGACAUCCUGGACUGGAGUCUGGACACUUCCUCAUCCGGCUACGAGGGCGACCAAGAGGAGAGCGAGGGCGAGAAAGAUGGAGAUUUUUCAGUGAUAUCCAUCAAGCUCGACCCAGUCAGCGACGCAGGCGGCAGACUAGAACAUUGCCGAGCUCUGUCCAGCGACGAGGACAGCUUCAGCGAGGGGGACGGGGGGAAACCCAAGCAAGACCCAGAGGCCUUUUGCUACACUUCCGGCUACUCGUCGGUGCAGAGUGUCAGUCCCUCGUCCACGUGCUCUUCCUCCUCUCUUGUCCCGUGCUCCCUCAAGACUUUUACCACUUCCUCCUCCUUCGCCGCCUCUGCUAAUUCCCAGCCAGGCUUCCGCCUUUUGAUGCCCAUGCAGAGGCCUCGCGGCCACUCCAGCAAACAAGUGAAGAGGAAGAACUCUGCGGCGCACAGUGGAGGCGAGGCAGGAGGAGACAACUACGACGAUGAAGAAGAGGAGGAGGGGGAAGAGGAAGAGGAGCAGUAUCCAGCCAAAGUCGGUUUUCGGAUUCUAUAGACACUUGACCACUUCCUCAGUUAUUAUUCUCAGCAGCACUUUUACACCCCCAUCCUCUAAAGUGGGCUGUGUGCUCAUGAUGUGAGGUAAAGACAAGGGAAAUGAUGUGAAAAGUUGUGUAGAAUGGCAUUAAGUACACAAACAAUCCUAAUGUGGACCAAUCCUACCUGUCCCACGCCUGACUUGUGCUCAUGAUAGCGGUUUCAUCGCUAGUGGCUUGUAUUAUAGUCUAUACCAGUCAGUGUUUACAUAAAUAAUAGCUCCCAUCAACUCAAACAGUGCACCUCUCAGGACGUCCUGCACUGAAAGGAAAAUGUUGUUUUUUUUUAAUGCACUGUCCGUACAAGCCCGCCUUGUAUUUGCUUUAUGGCAGCUGAGCACUGAACUUGUACAGUAUGCCAAAGGUACUGCGCUGCAACCAUGUCUAGCUUUCUGUGAAUAUUUCAACCACAGCUGAUGGAUUUCGCAUACAAACCAAAUGCCACGUAUUUAUUUUUCAUAAAAACAACUCUGAAGGUCUGGCACUUAUCACUCGCCCAAGAUGGAGUGCAAGUGUGUAAGCUGUAAAGCAUUUCAUACUUUGUUUUGUAUUUAUGACUUUACACCACCUCAGCGGCAGCAAAGUUCAGACGCUAAAAGGGAAAAAAAUGAUGUGCUGUUGUUUUUAAUGUCUUACAUGAUGACCUCAUGGUAACACUACUGCAGAUGACUGAAGAUUCAUAUGAAAGCAGUUCAACUGCUUUUCUCCUGUGUUUAUGUACCGGUACAUGCAAUACCUGUACAUGCCUCGUACUUUUAUAUGUAGAACUGAAGAACAACAAACAUGCCACUACUACUUGAACUUUUUUCAUUUGUCAUGCCACAUUAGGAUGCUUUUUCUACAGUCUGAGUUUCCCCCGACCCACUUGUGAUGUCACCGAGUCCU